GGAGCGGUCAGGGAUCUCCGUAGUCUAGGUGGGGGAGGAGGAGGAGGGGGAGUGCCCGGUGUCUCGGAUCUCUACGUCUUCUCUUGGCUGCACUGCUGAAAAUGCUCUAUUGGCACACUCAGCCUGAACACUACAACCAGCACCCCAGCGGAGGCUACCUGCGUGACGUCCUUGCUCUACCGAUUUUUAAGCAGGAAGAACCGCAUAUCUCACCGGAAACGGAUGCAAAGCUGCCCCCAUUCCAGUAUGUCUUGUGCUCAGCUACAUCCCCUGCUAUUAAACUCCAUGAAGAGACCCUGACAUAUCUCAACCAAGGCCAAUCUUACGAAAUCCGUUUCCUUGACAACAGAAAAUUGGGAGAUUACCAAGACCUCAAUACCAAAUAUCUCAAGAGCAUUAUAAGGGUGGUUUUCCAUGAUCGGCGCUUGCAGUAUACGGAACAUCAGCAGCUAGAAGGUUGGCGGUGGAGCCGACCUGGGGAUCGCAUUCUUGAUCUAGAUAUCCCCUUGUCAGUUGGAAUUUUGGACCCCCGAUCUAGCCCAACACAACUAAACACUGUAGAGUUCCUGUGGGAUCCGUCCAAACGAGCGUCUGCUUUCAUUCAGGUACAUUGUAUUAGCACAGAAUUCACCCCGAGGAAACAUGGCGGAGAGAAAGGCGUUCCUUUCCGAAUUCAGAUUGAUACAUUUAAGCAGAGCGAGAAUGCAGAAUACACAGAACAUUUGCACUCGGCCAGCUGCCAAAUCAAAGUUUUUAAGCCUAAAGGAGCAGACCGCAAACAGAAGACGGACCGAGAGAAGAUUGAGAAGAGAACUAUGCAGGAGAGGGAGAAAUACCAAUCAUCCUACGAUACCACAAUCCUGAUCGAGUGUUCUCCGUGGCCAGAUAUUCCGUGUCAGUCAAAUUCAUCAUCUUCUCCCGGCUACAACAGCUCUCCAAACAGCUUUGGAAUAGGAGAGGGCAACUGUUCUCCAACCCCUCCGGUGGAGCAACCUCCUGCUAGAAAUGAGAAAGUGUCUGCAUUUAACAAUGAGGCUUGGAAUCAGGAGGAGAAAGGAAAGUAUCUUGUGCCGUCUGCAUCCAUACAAGAUGUGCAACAGUGGCUGCAACGCAAUAGGUUUCCUCAGUAUUGCAGACUUCUGUCCAGUUUCUCAGGUACCGACUUAUUAAAGAUGUCCAAAGAGGAUUUCAUCCAAGUCUGUGGCCCCGCGGACGGGAUCCGGCUCUUUAAUGCAGUAAAAGGAAGGAAUGUGAGGCCCAGACUGACUAUUUAUGUCUGCCAUGAAUCUGAACAAAACCGCACAAACCUGCAGCGCAAACGGGAGCUCAACGACAACGAUGUUUGUGUCUAUCAUGCCCUCUUCCUGGAAGAGCUGACUUCUUUUGAGCUGAUUGAGAAGAUUGCCAACCUGUACAGCAUCACCCCUCAACAGAUCAACCAGAUCUAUAGGCAGGGACCUACCGGGAUCCACGUGGUGGUCAGCACAGAGAUGGUUCAGAACUUCCAGGAGGAAUCUUGCUUUGUUAUCGGCACUGUGAAAGCUGAAAACGGUUCUGGAUAUCACAUCAUUUUAAAAUGAAAACGACUGAAUUGCACAAGAAGAUGAUUUUGGACCACCCGCAGUAGAGUAUUACACGGCCAGUGAACAAAAAAGGCCCCCCGUGUAAAAAAAAAAAAAUCUCUAGAAGAGGAAUUCUGCAUUUUUUGGGGGGGUUUAAAAUGUUUCUCGGCGAUCUUUUUUUUGUCCAGGAUCCUCCGGCGUGAUUUUGAGCUGUAGCGGUUUUCACUUGUAAAUAUUUCUAUGCCAGUCUUGUCUAUGCUCAAAGUCCAGCAUCUGGAACAUGUGAGAAUGUAAAUAUUAGAAUAUCCAAAAAGCUUUCUCAGCGCCGGAGUCCUGUGAAAACAAUUUUAUGCUUGCCGCACGAGAAACUUUCCUAUAUGUCUAUAAAAGCGGUUCCUAUGAUCAUUACUGAAAUACAUUUUACGGCGGCCUAUGUAUAAAAAAAAAAA